GGUAACGGCUCUCCUGCGUCCUCCCGUCCGAGCUCUCGUCUUCCCCGGCCGGCAGUUCACUCCGUUCCUCUCCUCUCGGGGAAGGUUCAAACCGCCGCCGCUCCGCUACGCACGGGCGCGCGAGAUAUGCGGGCUCUCGUGCCCCCCGUCGCCCCACUCCUCCCGCGGGUCCCGAACCCCGCCGCGACCCCGAGCCCUGGGGGCAUCCCUCGCUCGGCGGCGCUCUCGCGGCGGCACCGCGCCGUCGUUUCCGCCGCCGCCGCCGCGGCCACCGGGGGCCACUGGGGCGCCAACGACGACCACCACCAACACAACCAAUACCGCGGUGGCGGACGCAGGGGUGCGGGCCCCAGCGUGCAGUGCGACGUGGACGUGGUGUCGUGGCGCGAGCGGCGGGUGUUCGCGUCCGUCGCGGUGGCCGCCGACGUCGACACCGUCUGGCGCAUCAUCACCGACUACGAGCGCCUCGCCGAAUUCGUCCCCAACCUCGUGCACAGUGGGAGGAUCCCGUGCCCGCACGAGGGCAGGAUAUGGCUGGAGCAGAGGGGGCUGCAGCAGGCGCUGUACUGGCACAUCGAGGCUCGCGUAGUGCUGGAUCUCCGGGAGGUCCCGGACGCCGUUAAUGGACGAGAACUACACUUCUCCAUGGUCGAUGGCGACUUUAAGAAGUUUGAAGGGAAAUGGUCUGUCAGAUCUGGUCCAAGGUCUGCUAGUGCAAUUUUGCUGUAUGAAGUUAAUGUGAUACCAAGAUUUAAUUUCCCAUCAAUAUUUCUAGAGAGGAUUAUAAGAUCGGAUCUUCCUGUGAAUCUUAGAGCCUUGGCUUUUAGAUCUGAAAAAUUGUAUUUAGAAAACCUAAAACGUGGAUCUACAAAAUCUACUGGUGCAAACCCAAAGCCACUUAACUUCCGUAGUGCAAUAGUCGAGAACGAUAACAUUUUUUCUAGUAAGUUCGCAGAAGCACCUCCUUCUUCUGGUUCUGGUGCUGUGCUUGCUUCACCUUCUCCUGAGUUGAAUAGCAAAUGGGGUAUAUAUGGUAAUGUCUGCAGUCUUGAUAGGCCUUGUGUGGUAGACGAGAUCCAUCUGCGAAGAUUUGAUGGCCUCUUGGAACAUGAAGGGGCUCACAGGUGUGUUGUUACUAGUAUCACCGUGAAAGCACCUGUUAGAGAAGUAUGGAAUGUUCUCACUGCAUAUGAGAAGUUGCCUGAGAUUAUACCAAACCUGGCUAUCAGUAGGAUUCUUCUUCGUGAUAAUAACAAGGUUCGCAUACUGCAGGAGGGCUGCAAAGGCCUACUUUAUAUGGUUCUUCAUGCUCGUGUUGUUAUGGAUCUUCGUGAGAAACUUGAACGUGAAAUCAGCUUUGAACAAGUCGAGGGGGAUUUCUUCUCCUUCAAAGGAAAAUGGCGACUUGAACAGCUUGGCGAUCAGCACACACUGCUGAAGUAUAUGGUUGAGACUAAGAUGCAUAAGGAUACCUUUCUCUCAGAAUCAAUCCUAGAAGAGGUCAUAUACGAAGACCUUCCAUCAAACCUAUGUGCAAUUCGUGAUUAUGUUGAAAAGGCGGAAGCUGAGAGAGGAAAUUCCACAGUGCACUCUGAUGCACCAACUAAUCCGGACACUGUUGCUAUUGAUUACGCAGAAGAGCGGCGAUCAGUGCAAACAUCUGUACAUUGCUCUUCAAGUUCUACGAAGCAGAGGCCGAAAGUUCCAGGUCUGCAAAAGGACAUCGAGGUCCUUAAAUCUGAACUUGGAAGUUUUAUUUCAAAGUAUGGUCAGAAUGGCUUCAUGCCUAAGAGAAAACAUCUUCGAACACAUGGAAGAGUUGAUAUCGAGAAGGCAAUUACACGGAUGGGUGGGUUCAGGAAGAUUGCCAGCAUAAUGAAUCUUUCCCUUUCUUAUAAAAAUCGAAAACCUAGAGGUUAUUGGGACAAUCUAGAGAACUUACAAGAAGAGAUCCGGAGAUUCCAGAAGAACUGGGGUAUUGACCCUUCUUAUAUGCCUAGUAGAAAGUCUUUUGAGAGGGCAGGGCGUUAUGACAUUGCUCGAGCACUAGAAAAAUGGGGUGGUAUACAGGAGGUGUCUCGACUUCUCUCUCUUGAACCAAGACGGCCUAGAAGGCAAGCAGACUCUGACAGCGAGAAGCAACCUGAAUCUCCACGCGAGGCAACAACCAAGCACCCAAGCAAACCAGAUGAACCAAGUGUGCCUCCGGACGCCCAGAAAUGGCUCCUAAAGCUUAAGGAUCUGGACGUCAACUGGGUCGAGUACUGAACAGGACUCCGGAGGAAGGCUGCUCAAUUUUGACCGAAAGGAAGGUUGCUCCAUUGUGGGUCCAUUCAGCAAUUCAAUCUUCUACAGAUGUCAUCUAGAAGCUGUAAAUUAUAUACAGAAAAGCUCUCCACAGGUUUCUACCGUUCCUUAGCCUAAUUCCUCGCAAGAGCCAAAAUGAGUGUCUUUUUGUAUGACUUGAGCUGUGACUCUCCAGAACUGUCAACUUUGUUGUCGCGGUCAAAUCAACGUGUAGAAUUGGUAAAAGAACUCUCUAGAAGCACGCUCGAACAAGACUGGUUCAAACCUGUUGGUUAAUGCGCUGCAUAUAAAAGGAAGUUGUUGAUGAAUUGACCUUUCAAAGGUCAAGAGCGUUGGAAAAGCAGGGAAUAUUUGUGGGCUUGACCAGGAGCCGGGUGGAGAGAAGUCCAGGGUUGGGUAUCACAGCUUCGAUUGCUGGAGUCUAGAUGCCAGAGUUGGGGUAUUCUCUCCUUAAAAAUAAAAAGAAGAUGCCAGAUUUGAGUCCAACUGGUGCACUAUAUGAAGACAAAUGAUGUGAAUAAUUCUGAGGCAAGACCCACACGCUGCAAAAGAGCAAUGGAAAAGGAUAUAUAAUAGAAAGGUCCCACCGGGAUUCGAACCCAGGUCGCCAGAUUCAAAGUCUGGAGUGCUAACCACUACACUAUGGAACCAAUUUUGACCCAACGAUUUUUUAUUUACUAUAUGUGACAGAUUGUCAUUUUGACAAAUCUUCUCACCGUUGCACCAGAUUCAGAAAUAUUUCACAGGAAAA